CAUAAAAUCCGUGUAAUCUCUCUCUCCGCCAUUUGUAAUUUGUACUCUUGCUACUAACCCAGCAUCCCGCAAUGUCGUUCACUCUCGAUGACUUGCUUGGACCAGCUCAGUCGGAUGGCUUCGAGAUGUUUGGGGCCCGGACACCCCAGCCAUCGGCCUCGAAAGCUCCGGGCGCAGGUUAGUUCCGCGAAAGGAAUGCUUACAUCCGAAAUUACCUUUUCUUUGACGUUUGGUCACCUUUCCAGUUGACGACAUGUUUUCUGACUGGAAAACGGAUAAGUCCAAUAAAACGGGGGAGAAGACAAAGAAGCCGAUUAAUUUCAACAACCUGUAAGAUACAGCAGGUGACGCUGGAUAUUCAUUUCUUGGUGAGUCCGACUCUAACACCGUUUGUUUGCGGAAUUCAGGGUGGACUUCGAUCUUGAUAGCGGUUUUAGCAAGUUCGACAUUUCCAUGAGUGACCUUGACAUCGCAGAUGCGAAUUCCGAUUCUCCGAAAGCUGAACCGGCGAAUGCGAGGCCAAAGCUUGACGAAGACGAUAUCUCUCAAGGGCUUUCGCUUCCGUCAUCCGCGAAUGAUGGUUUGGACGAGAAAGACGAUUGCAAAACUGAGUUCGGAGAAUGCGAAACUGAGUUCGGAGAAUGUGAAACUUCAGUAUUUCCAGAAAAUGAAAGGCAUACGUCAGAGCCAUCUCUGGAUGGUCACACAUUGGAUCAAGACACUUCAGAACAAAAAGAUAUUGAGAGCAGAAGUCCAAGACGGAUCAGGAUCACUGACGAAGAUGCAAAUAUUGAUCAAAGCACAGCAGAGAAGAAUGCAGAAGUCUCUUUUAAUGCGGCAACGACAGAUCAGACGACUGCUGACGCCAAGCAGUAUGAUCCGCUGGAGUCCUCUGAGCCUGCUGAACCGCUGGAGUCUUCUAAGCCUGCUGAACCGCUGGAGUCUUCUAAGCCUGCUGAACCGCUGGAGUCCUCUAAGCCUGCUGAACGGCUGGAGUCCUCUAAGCCUGCUGAACCGCUGGAGUCAUCUAAGCAUGCUGAACCGCUGAAGUCCUCUGAGAAUAAAGUACCACUGGAGUCCUCUAAGCCUGCUGAACCACUGGAGCCCUCUAAGCCUGCUGAACUGCUGGAGUCCUCAAAGCCUGCUGUACCGCUGGAGCCCGCGGAGCCUGCACAUAUAUCCGCGAGCUCUCGAGCACCAAGUGGCAAUGCUCGCGAAGUGCUGAUAGCAAGGAAGAGCCUGCCUGGUUUGAAUGAACCAACCCCUGCACCCAAUUCAGGCAAAGGUGGACGUUCAAGAUCAUUGGCUCAAGGGACGAAAACGAGUGUUAAGCCUUCUGGAGUGCUAGCUCGUCUGACGAAGACGAGUGUCAAACCGUCUGGACAAGACCCUCCUGCAGAAUCAGGAGAUAUGAAUGCUUCCAUUCUCAAAGAAAAGGCUUCAGAGUCCGCAUUGACAAGAGCUGGUUCAAGUGGACACACGCCUGGUGUUCCAAGGCAUUCUUCCGGCAGCCUUUCCUCCCUCUCUGGACUGAACAGAACCACAAGCUUGCCGCUUAGUCGUAAUGUUCCCAAAGAACCCACCACCUUGAAUCCAGUCCGUCAAACACCGGGACAGCAGAGAUCCAUGAGCAGCACCGUCGUCCAAGGCAAGGGUGUCUUGCUAAAGCCACUUUCGCUUUCAUUGCGCACCAGCAUCAAGCCCGGAAGUGAUUCUUCAAGACCUGCAAAUCGUGCUCCUUUGAAGGGAAAACCUACAACUGGAAAUGGAGCAUUAGGAAGCAACAUCAGCGGUUUGAGAAAGCUGCCUUCUAUCUCCAGCAAACCUAAUGUGGCAACAUCAGCCCAGCCACCGGUGGCUGACGGCCAAGUUGAUCGUGUCUUUGCUACGCCCUCGCCAUUGGAUUCUCAGUUACAGAACACAUUCGUUUUUGGGCAACAUUCUGCAGUGUGAGAAGGCAACGAUUGGUUGCUACUAACUAGAGAACUCUCUCUCGACUCUCAAUUUGACUUUUCCACUUAAAAUUGCAGGGACAACACCACAAUGCUCGGCAAAGGUGUGACCAAUGACUCCAAUACAGAUGCGCAAGGCAUUACUUACGACUCCAAGGCAGAUGGGCAGGAGAUUCCUCUUGCCAUAGAGCCAGCUGAAGAAGAACAAGACAAAGAGGACAUGACGCUGUCAUUCCCUGCUGCUGGAAAAACGACAAAUGAGGACGAUGUGCAGAACACGGGGAUGGUGACUGUAAAUGCUGGUGGGCAGCUUGCAGAUGUCCAGAACAGAGGAACUGUAGGCAUGAACGUGGAGUUUGAAGGAGAGGCAACAGGAGUUGAUGAGCUUGAUCAGGUAAUCUGAGAAAAGUUUAUGCAUUUGUUGCUAUGAAACCAAAACACCCCUCUGUUUAACUGCUGUUCAGGUUUACAGAAUGCUCCAGCGGAAGCACGAAGAAGCAAAAGAGCUCCUUGUGAGGGCGAUGGUCAACCACAACCUGUUGCUGCGAAUGAAUGAGACAUACAGCUUUGAGAAGAUUGAGAAGAAGCGUCAAUAUAUACUGAGCUUGAUCAAGCUUGACAGUGCGGAGGAGUGAGGGGUCGUAUGGUUACAGUUGGGAUAUGCUUUAUGAUCUUGUCCUAGAGUCCUUCAUUUGGAGCACCGUUAUUGUAACGACCACUUGCCCCAUUCUCAUCAACAAUGGGUGAAACCACUGGCAUCCCAACUUCAGGUCGACAAUGUAAGCAUCAACAU